AGGACUUAAGCAUUUAUAAAUAUAAAUAUGAAUUAAAUAUGGACUUAUUUUAUUCAAAGCAGCUCACAAGCGUUCAGACACUGUCAUUGUUUGCUCUGGCUCUAAAACUUUUAGAUUAUUUAGACAAGUUUGUGAUUCAAAUAUUAUGCAGAAAGUUUAAAUAACAAUAUAUUUUCAACAUUUGAAAAUAGAUAUUAAAUGUGUGAGAUGACAGUUUAGUAAAGUCCAUAUUUUGGUUAUUUCUUCAUAGUAAUUUAUAUUUUCAGCCUGUGCAAAACAACAAACGCUAAGCUACUAUGAGUUUUUCCCAAAAUAUCUCAAUUGUUCAUCCAGAAUACUUUUUCAUCACUGGGCUUACAGAUGCACCAUACAGCACUUAUUUCUAUAUAUUCUUAUUUAUCAUAUAUUUUAUUUCUGUAAUUGGGAACUUAAUUGUCCUUCUCAUUAUAGCUCUUCACCGGAGCCUGCACAGUCCAAUGUACAUUUGUGUGUUUAACUUGGCCUUGGCUGAUAUUGGUGAAAUUAAUGCACUGAUCCCUAACAUGAUGAAGCUUUUUGUUUUUGACUCACAGUACAUCUCAUACAAUGCUUGUUUGGCAAACAUGUUUUUUGUGAGCUUCUUUAUUACUGUGCAGACUUACACUCUUGUUGUUCUGGCAUUUGAUCGUUUCAUUGCAAUUUGUUUGCCACUUAGAUAUAAUGCCAUAGUGAAUAAUAAGUUCAUGGCUAUAGUGUUUUCAGUAAUAUGGAUAUUUAACACCUGUAUGGUAACAAUGACUACAUCUAUGAUAACCACUCUUUCAUUCUGUAAAUCCAAUGUGAUAGAGAGUUGGUAUUGUGACUAUGACAGAAUGAUGAGGAUGCCAUGCAAUGACAGUAGCAUUCAUCAGUUUAUGGUAUUCAUCAUUGAAGCUUUUUUCCUUGUAGCACCACCAUUCAUUAUACUGCUGUCAUACGUGGGCAUUUUUCUUGCUUUAUGUAAAAUUACAACUUGGGAAGGACGUUUUAAAGCACUGAAGACCUGUGUUUCUCACCUUUUGGUAGUUUUAUCAUUCUAUCUUCCCAUAAUAUCUAAUAUUGUUGUUGCAUCUUCUGCUAAUGCCAAGAUCAUUGGCGGAACUCUUUCAUUAACUCUUCCACCAAUGCUAAAUCCCAUCAUUUAUGUUUUAACCACAGCUAAAAUCAAAGACUUAAUCCGAAAAAUGCUUAACAACAGAUCUGCACCAAUUAGAGCGAAUGUUUCAAAAUGAUUGUAAUGAUCAUCUAUGUGAUCUUCAAUCACUGUGAAUUAAAUGAUCUAAAAUUACAACAAUAUGUACUUUAUGGAUAUUUUUAGAGCCAUUAAGUGGAAAAUAAAAGUGUACAAACAGAAAAUAAAUUCAAUGUGCUAGAUGUAGAGUGGACACAUUAGAACGUAUGUGUUGGUUAACAGCAGUGAAAUGUUUAUUUAUUUAUGAAUGAAUCCAUCUGAUUUCAAGUGUGUGUAGUGUAUGUGUUUGUUCUUAGUUACUGGCCCCAAGACAAAACGAAUUGAAAUGGUAAAAUAUUUAAGCAGGCAAUUUAAUUUAAGCAGGCUCACAUGCACAAACUGUUGCGGGGAGAAGGCCAGUGAAGGAAUAAUGCAGAUUGUCUGUGUACAGACCACACCUGGCCCUGGAGAAGUUUUGACAUAUCCUGACAUUUGUGAUUUUUUCAGUUGUUCAUAAACAUAUUAAUGGAAAAAGUGUCAUUACACUGUAUUCAGCACAAAGUAGGCUACAAUAAUAUG